UGUGUGUGUGUGUGUGUGUGUGUGUGUGUGUGUGUGUGUGUGUGUGUGUGUGUGUGUGUGUGUGUGUGUGUGUGUGUGUGUGAGUGGGUGGGUGUGUGUGUGUGCACUGGUGGAGUUCUUGAGGGCCUGCUGCUGGAGCCUCCCUUCCUUCCUCUGAAAACGCCUACACAGCUCUAGAACUCCCCUCAUGUCUCUCCUCUUUCACUCUCCUCUCACUCUGAGUACCUGCAGCGAGGGCCGUCAGGAUGGACAGGACAGGAGUACCCCAAACUCUGCUCCUCAUACCUCGAACUCUGUUUCUACAGCUACUCUGCUUCUCUGCGUCCCUGUCCCUCUACACCCGGGCCCCCCCAGCGCCGUCCCAGGUCCCCCCUCCCUCCGGCCCCGUGUCCGAGCUCCAGCACAGCCCGCCCUCGAGCCAGUGCAGCCUGAGGGUAGAGCCGCCCGAGCUGGUGGUCAGGUUUGGAGAUCCCGUCUCUGUGAACUGCUCCACCUCACAAUUCACUCUCCUGGGCUGGGUCGACGUGCCGACGGUGCCCACUGAAGUUCAACACGCGUCCCUGCUGUGGACAGAGGAGUCCCUGGGCACAUGGAGCGUGGAGCCUGUGUGUUACGCUAUAACUGAGGUGGGACAGUGUCAGAUGAAGCUGCCAGUCACUGUAUACCAGCCUCCAAACAGCGUGUCUGUGAGCUUCAGGAACCACUCAGGGCCCCUGCUGGAGAACUCAUGGCCCCUGGUGGAGGACUCCUCGUGGCCCCUGGUGGAGGACUCCUCUGGGCCCUUGCUGGAGCCCCUGGAGGAGGGCCUGCUGUACUGUCUGCAGUGUGAGGUGGAGGCUGUGGCUCCUGCUCUGAACAUGACUGUGGCCUUUUACAGGGGCCUCACUGAGCUGAGUGUGAUGAGAAUCAACACAACACACAAGAGUCCAGUGAAUGUGAGCUUUUGUCUGGACUACAGAGCAAACAGACAGGACCAUGGGGCCGGCUUCUGGUGUGAGGCCAGACUGGAGCUAGGGCCUGAAGGCCCACAGCCCCCUCCAGUGGUCAAGUCACACACCAUCAUGGCUAUGGUGCACUUCACUGAGGAGCAGGUGGAGGCCCCACCCACUCGCUCCAGCACAGAGCAGGCUGGGAGAGACACCGUGUCAGCACAGAGUCAGCAGAGGCAGCACUCAGGGGCGCAGGACCCCAGAGGAGCAGGACACACCCCUGGUUCCAGCGCUGUCGUCCUAUUGGCUCUGCUGAUGCUUCAUAUAUAAGAGAAUACUGCCUUCACAAUAAAAGACCAAGUGCAGCUUAAACCCUCCACAAUAAGAGCCUGGUGUGAAGAACAAAGUGACAAACUGUGCGUGGUACAUUUGACCUGUGUGUUUUGUAUUAACUAAGAUACCACUCCCCUUCUACAAAAACAGGAAAAGACUAGAAAAUAUGACAGGUAUAAAUAGGUAGAGUUGUAUUUCUUAACCUCUCGAGUACAGUCUUUUUUGGUGGACACUAGCUUACCCAUUAAACAACCUGUAUUACACACAUUUUUGAUUCAGUAUAAUGUUGUUUCCUCAUCACAAACAUACCUGGAGCUGAAUUCUUCUCUUAAAUACUCUGUUCCAUGUUGUGAUGUCAUUGAGUGUUGAUACAGGAAGCUUUGUAUCCACUGUGUUUUUAAACUCCAUGCACCUUCGCUAGAAUCAUUUGAAUUUGCAGACAGACUUUGAAGCUACAUGUAUUGUUUUAGCCUUCUUAGUGUAUUGCAGAGUAAAUCAGUUCAAUUGAGGCUAAGAAUAGCUGUUAACUUUAAAACAAGCACUUGAUGACAUCGGGUGGAGCAGAGCAUUUUUUAAACAUGACUAAAUCACAUCUUUUGGUAGAAAUGUUGUCUGUGCCUCUUUACUUUAAACAGGCACUCCUGUGUUUAAUGAAUUUGAUUUGGUAUUAUUUGAGCUCAUGAAUAGUCUUUAUCAGGGGAGUUAACAUGGGGGACAAAGGGGUCUGUUGUCCUGGGCCCCAGGGUCAAGAGGAGUUCAGAAUUGGACCCUCUUCCUAUUAAUUUAUUUUAGAAGGGGUUUAAAUUUCUGUGGACGGGCCUGGUCUUCAUGUAUUCCUGUAUUGCCCAAAGUGCCCUGUUCCCUCACACUCUGGGCUCUGAGAUAAACACUGUUGUGUUUGUAAAUGUAAAUACUUAUUUUGUUUCCUUUUGGAUAUUUAUAUAAAAAACCUUCUCUCUG